AUGGAUGGUGAGUGGCUGCCCUUGGUGGUGGAGGUGACCGGCUUGCUCCAGGACCCAGCUUUCCACGUAGCCAAGUGCACAGCAGAGGCGCUGAAGCUGAAGUUUCCAAGCAAGUUUGCAGAUCCUGUAGUACAUCCUUUAUUAGAAUUUGCAUGGAAUGAAUAUUUACAGAAGAAAAAGAAGGAGCUGAGAGGCGAGGUGUGGGGAUAUGCCUCCUGUGUGAUGUGCUUUGUUAAUGGAAGGCUGCUGGGCGAUGAGAAGGAGUUGCUCAAGUGGGCCUACUGCAAAUGGGGCUACCGCGAUUUUAAGCCUGAGGCCCUUUACCAAGCAAUCACGGAGGAUUUCUACACCAAACACCUGAAGAGCAGCCAGCACAUGUUUGUGUAUUUGGACAUAACCAUUGAGGAGCAGCCCAUUGGGACACUUCUGUUUGAGCUCUUUUCUGAUGUAUGCCCCAAAACCUGUGAGAAUUUCCGUGUUCUGUGCGAAGGAGGAGUGAUGUCUGCCAGCAGUGGUCAAGAGCUCACUUACAAAAAUUCCUGUUUUCAUCGGUUUGUAAAACCCGUGUGGAUCCAAGGAGGAGACAUAACUGGGAAAGGAGAUGGAGGAGAGUCAAUUUAUGGUCCCACAUUUGAAGAUGAAAACUUUGCCAUCCCUCACAAGGGAAGAGGAGUCCUUGGGAUGGCUAACAAGGGCCGCCACAGCAAUGGCUCCCAGUUCUACAUCACGCUCCAGCCAGUUCCCUACCUGGACAAAAAAUGUGUGGCUUUUGGGCAACUGAUUGAGGGCACAGAGGUUCUCCAGCAACUGGAAACUGUACCAACGUAUAAUGAAAGGCCCAGAGUGGCCUGCAAAGUUACGAAGUGUGGGACUUUCCAGCCAUGAUCACCAACUGGUUUGCAGCAAGGUAGAGCACUGAUUUCUGCUCAGCUUUUUACAGACCUCAACGGCUUUCAUGUAAGAUAAAAUAAACACUUCUCGCAAA